AUGGCCUCUGAGGUGGUAACCUUGAUCAAAAAAGGUCGUAUCGCUAUCAUCACGCUCAACCAGCCCAAGAAGCUGAAUGCAAUGAAUCAAGACGGCUACUACCGACUAUCCUGCCUGCUGCAAGAAGUUGCGAAGAUGGAUGAUAUAAGUAUAACGGUCUUGACGGGUACAGGCCGCUACUUCUCUGCAGGUGCCGACGUCACAAGUAUACGACCAGGUCGAGACGGCAAUGUGGACAAAGGCCAAGUCAGAAGGGAUAUUCUGCGGACUUUUGUAAGCAACAAUCUGGACAUCACACGUGCCUUCUAUACACACCCAAAGAUUCUGGUCACAGCAUUAAAUGGGCCAGUUGUUGGACUUUCGGCGGCCCUGAUUGGGUUCUCUGAUUUCAUAUACGCUACGCCACAUACGUUUCUGUUAACACCAUUCUCGUCCCUUGGCCUGGUGACUGAAGGUGGCUCAAGUAUCGGAUUCGUGCAGCGAUUAGGGAUUUCAAAAGCAAACGAAGCCCUCAUCAUGUCGAAGAAGAUCACAAGUGAGGAGCUUGCGCAGACGGGGUUUGUGAACAAGAUUAUCCAAGGCAAGCAUCAGAAUGACCAUGAGGAUUUCUUGCGCCAGGUAUUGGAUGAAGUCGAGGAUAAGCUGGGUGAGCAUCUUAACCAAGAGAGUCUGGUUAAGAUCAAGGAGUUAAUACGAAGGCCAUAUAAUGAGGUACUAGAGGCCCAAGGUGCGAGAGAGGUCAUGGAGGGUAUGGCUAGGUUGGUGAGCGGAGCACCACAAGAGGAAUUCAGGAAGCUCGCAAGCGGCGAGAAAAGGCAUAAGCUUUGA